AUGUCUUUAAAUAGACGUGCUUGUGGUACUCAUCAAUUUGAAUUUUCGAGAAAAGAAAUCAAUCACCAUUUGAAACCUGUGCCUGAUUCGGACCCAGGAUUUAUAAAUUCAAAAUCUUCACACGCAAAUCAUGUAUACGAUCUUUGGCAACAUCGAUGGAAAAAUGAUAUUUCUUCCAAUCGUCUUGGUAUUCGAUACAAUGUACGCUUUGCAGCCAACAGUAGUAAUUUCAUACGCAAACACCCAGGCGCCUACAUUUAUAGGAAACACCUUUUGGAUUUCAAAUUUAACCUCAGCAGUAACCCCGCAACAAAACGUAAACAGGAAACCCGCUUCAAGAGACAUUGUACGCGGAUGUUCAAAAAUAUUAACCCUAUAUCCCGCACUAUGAAAGAGGAUAAAAUUGCAGCAGGGAGACGUUUUCGCUUCCUGUUUCAUGAAGCUCAACACAUUUAUUCACCUAUUCACCAUCUGAAAUUCAAGCGUUUUUCAACGGAGAAAUUAUUACCUGAUCCCGAUGACUAUACAUUUAAGAUACCUCACCACAUGCUGGAGAAUUCCAGUAUUACGCCUAUAGCUCGAUCACAACCUUCGACCUCAUAUAGGCCUUCUGAUUACGAUUCAUCCGCCGCUAACGCUAUGGGUACUACUCUCAAACAUUAUUAUCGUCGAGCAAUGUCAACUCGACAAAUCACGGUCUGGACUAAAGAAUACCACAAGUAUAUAAAACAACCUCCACCACCUCCAAAACCUUCCAAAAAAAAACAACAUCACAAGUGGAAGAAAUGGAUGGAAAAGCAUCAAGAUUAUGAUGACUUUAUGAGUAAACCGUACGCUCCAAGGCCUUAUUGCCCGCCUGAUUACCAUACAGACCUCUUUGGUUCUCCUUCAUACACAUCAGAUGAAACUAAAACAGUGGAAUACCGACCUCACAAGAGGGAUACGUUGACUAAUCCUUCCGCUUCGUUACAAUCACACGACAGUAAAAGACCAAGACCAGCGAAUAGUUACCUAUCCGACUCCCUAUUUACUAGUCUUAAUUCUAAUUAA